AUGAUGUCCCUUCGAGCUGUCGCGCGCUCCGCGCCUCGAACCCUGACCCGCUUCAGCUCCACGGCGAUGCGACAAUCCCGAGCAGCUCAACCGAUCUCCCUGCUGAAGUCGACGUCAUGGGCCCCUUACAGGUCGUCACAGUUCGCGUCGGCUUUCUCGACCUCGCAGUUCAGGCGGGCCCCCGCGCCCGAGGUAGAUGGCGAGCUGUCCGCCAAGCUCGAGAGCGAGCUCCAUUUCGAAGCCGAUAUGAAGGAACACACCCCGACGCCCGCCAGCAUCACCGACUUCCUCGACAACAGCCCGUUCAAGCUCGAGGACGUGGACGGCAAGGAAGAUCUGGUCUUGACGCGCAAGUUUGGAAACGAGACCAUCACUAUCACCUUCAGCAUCUCCGAUCUGACCAACUACGACCCCGACGACGUGUACAACGAGGACGCGGCGCUUGCCGACGAGGAUUCUGAGCAGUCGGAGGGCAAGCGCCAGUCGGCGAACGAGAGUGAGACCGAGAGCGAAGGUGAGGACAACCUUGAGGACGAGGAUCUUAACCAGGCCUCGGUGCCGUGCCGCCUUACCAUUGUGGUCGAGAAGCCGGGGAAGGGAGCGCUCAACAUCGAGGCCACCGCGCAGGACGGCCAGAUCCUCGUCGACAACUUCUACUACUACAAGGACGCGAAGCUGGCGCACGCCAGUAACGCUGAAACUUCCCACGUCGCCCACGAAACCUAUCCCGGCCCGCCGUUCGGCACCCUCGACGAGGAUCUGCAGGUCCUCCUGGAGCGCUAUCUCGAGGAGCGCGGCGUCAACCAGGCUCUCUCUCUCUUUGUGUCCGAAUACCUCGACCACAAGGAGCAGCGAGAGUACCAUGCUUGGCUGAAGAAUGUUAAAGCGUUCAUCGACGCCUGA